AUGCCGCCCUCCUCUCGGCGCAAGACUGCCAGCGCGGCGAAGCGGGAGAAAUCAGGCCGCAUCAAGAAGGCAAAUGCAAAGUACCAAAAGCAGAAAUACGUCCCGGAGCAGAUGAUGCAGCGGGGGCGGGGUGGCGCCCACGGUCGUUCCGGUGGCCAACAGGCAGAGAGAGGUAAUGGAGAACAACGACGACAAAGGUCGGCGCGCACGGACAACAUCGACAUUCACUUGGCAGCCAAAGUUUCUGCAGAGCUGCGAGUGGACCUGUCGAAAUUUAAAUGCCAACUAAACGCGACUGAAAUCUUUGGAAAAGAACUCAGUCAAAUUUUUAAGUUUGUGCCACCGCCCUUCGUACGGCAACACCUGCCGGAGGACGUAAAAUCCCUCCGAUCAUACAUUAGCAAGUUUGAACGUGGUGCGCCAAGCAUUGUUCACGCCUUCAUCGUUUGGUACGAGUGGGCCUCGUACGAGCUCAACAAGGGUAAAGGACACAGUUUUUCCUCGAAGAAAAAUGGAGUUGAAGGACAGGAUGCAUCCGUGGCGAAGGAGGAUGAGAAUGACGAGAGGGAAGAGCAGGAUGGGGAAGAGGCCAGAAAGGAAAAAGACCACGGCAAGGUGAGUCAGGCACGUGCGGCGCUCUCUAAAACUGUGAGGGAAAGAGAACACAUUCGAGCACUUUUACAAAUGUGUUUGCGACACAAUUCGUCACGUCGCAAAGAAGGACAACAUGCGUUUUUGAAUCAUUUAAAAGCCAAGUUAUCAGAAGAUGUGGACUGUCACUCUUUGAAGAGUUUACGCGAGACAUCCCAUCAUGCUGUUCCUUACGCUUUAUCACGUCUAUUACUGGGUAUGGUUACAGAAGAUAUGGCAAUGAUUCUCCUGCAUGCACACACUCUGUUCUUGCUAUUGCGUGAUACUACCGUGACACCUUCCGUUAUACUUUCACUCAUUGGUGAGGAGCUGGCGUUGGACGUUCGUCUAAAAGCUUCCAAAGCUCGUCUUGAGGCUCGUGCAGCAAAGAAGGAUACGCUGACACAAGAACAACAACAGCAGGCAGAUGAAGAGUUGGAUGAUAUUGACCCGGACAAGAUCAAUGACCCUACAAGGGGGGAACGCAAUCAACAAUUGAUUGCCACUGUGUUUACAACUGCGGUUAUUGUCGCCAACCCUCGCAAAUUGCGCCUUGAAGACGCACAAAGACUUGUCCAUUAUUUGUGUUUUGCAUACAUUGAGCAGAAGGCUUUGCGAGUAUUGACAGCAAAUCUAUUUUUCAACAUCAUUGAGAAAUUUCCCUCGCUCUGGGAAGACAAAACAGUAUUGGAAUGGUUGUCGUACGCCUUUUUUCUCUAUCCGAAACUGGAGUACUACCGUCCAGAGGGAGUCCAGUUGCUGCUGCGUCUCAUGAUGAUGGAGGAAAAGCCCCCAGGCAUGAAAAGAGGGGUUCCUACUGUGGUGAUGAAAUAUGCUGCGAUGGAUCCCUUGGAGCCCUCCACGGUGGAACAGAUUGCCAACGCGUUAUUCCGAAAGGAGCAGGUGACAAUGGUGUACCCGAUGGUGCAUCCCGUAUGGACAGACUGGUUUGAUAUUGUGGCACAACGCUGCGCCGCGGGAGAGUCCAUGAAGGAGCAUUUGAGCACAAUGGUGCAUAACGCCAUUGCUCCUUACCGUCGUGGAAACGCCGAUACCCCACGGCGUGCGCUGUUUCAACAACUUGUCUCUCGUCUUGGUCAAUUGGCUGUUCAAAACGAUGAUGCCGAGCAGCGAGCCGAAAUACUGCAGAUGGCCAGCAAGACCGUUGGCUAUGGAAGACGCACCAUCGCCAAAGCCACAGACAUCGCAGAGCUUCGAAAUAUGCCAUUAGAAUUGCUUGACGCGAAGGUGCGUGACCUCCUCCGGCAUUACCGUGUCACACGCGACUCGGACAUGUCAGCUUCCGCAAACCGCGCAUGGGUAUUACGCGAGUUACGGUCAUGCCUUUACGUUCCUCUCCGGGAGGGUGUGAAAUGCACAUAUAUUGAUGACGCCGCAGAAGCACUCUUGGAGUUUGGUUUCUACCCAUCACCACCACAUCGUGACACGCGCAGCAUGAACCGUGCCAUUUUUCUUUUUGCAGAGGUUUUUUCCUUUACGUAUACGGCUGCGUUAUCCAGACCAAAGUGCACGUUGAAUCCAUUGGAUAUUAUUCGUGCCUAUCUGGAGGCGGAAAAACGGGAAGCAACGCGAUACACCACGGGUGUUUCCCAAAGUGUUUUUCGAAAGGCGCGAAAUCGUAUUGUGGAGGCACUGGAGAAUUCUUCAAAGCGCAGCGUCUUGUUUUAUGCAGAGCGCGACAUGCACAUAUUGCUUGUGCUACUUUUUUUGGUGUUGAGCACCGAUGACUACACAAAUGACGAGGCAAAAGCAUUGGCGACUUCAACCGUGCCAGAUAUUUGCCAAUUUUUCCUUACCGGCACAUUAGAGACCAUUGACCUUUUCGUUGAUGUGCUAAUGGCGCUCACUAUGCGGUCAACGGCACCAAUUCAUGUGAUUCCUCUGAUGACAUGCAUUCGACGUAUUGCUACUGGGUACUUACUAAAGUUUGCUCGUCACGUACGGGAGCGUCUAACACUUGACUUGAUUCUUGCCCCACUUCGUGAGGCCUUUCACACCGACGAUCGUGAGAGGUCGCGUCAGGCAAAAGCAAGGGGUGAAACGGAAAAGGAAGACAGUGACGAUGAUGAUGACGACGACGACGACAACGACAACGACUCUAAUAAGGAUAAUGAUGAAGGCAGUGAGGAGCUGCGAGAGGAUGAGAAUGAAGAGGAGGAUGGGGAGGAUACGACUGGGACUUCGGACACAAGUGAAUCGGAAGAAAGUGUAGCUACAGAAAGCACGGCUGCUACUGCGCCUGACGACGAGGCUGAAGAAGAGGCCACCAGUGACGCUGAUGAGUUAAGUGACAAGGAAGAUUUUAUGGAGGGGGAUCAGGAGGAGGGAGAAGAGGAAGAGGAAGAGGCUCCCACGCAGCAAUACAUCGACGCAUUAAGGGGGAUGAUUGGAAAUGUGGAUUUGCAGUUUAUCUACCCUGUAGACACAUCAAAUAAAGACAAGAGUAAUGUUGUGCGGGCGAUUCAAAUUGCCGCGCGUGUUGGUGCAUCGAUGCGUUGCCCGUUGAUGCUUCACAUCUUUCAGGUGCUCUUAGCCGUUUGCCGCGAGAAUGUGAAAUCCCCGGAUGAUGUUAUCUUCAACAGUGCUGUCUCCUCCACUCAAAUUCUCAUGAUGACCAAAAAUCGAUAUUUUGGUCGGUUCCUCGUGCCAGAAGAGUUGUUUCAACUGCUCUCCGACAUCCAGAGUUACUGUCGCAAGUUAGACCACGUGUUGGUACGCAAGGAGAGUCAGUCUGCCAAACAUGCAGUCACUAUACGUCGUCGAAUGGCGUUGUUGAGGGAUCUUGCUCUACGUGUGUUUCACUUUGUUGCCUUCCUUGCGUAUAAAAAUCAUGCCGGUGAGGAUGUCCGAGUGACGCUUUUGGAGUUUUACAAGUCCAUCUUUUGUGACCGUGGCUGGAAUGACAAAAAACGUCUACCUGGCAUCAAGCGUGACAUGCACCACUAUCGCCACGGCUUUGGCUGGGUGGUGCUACCGUCAGCCUUUGAGAAGUUUGGUGAGGUGGAAGGAAUUGCAGGACCACAACGAGUGCGUGUAUUUAAAGGUUGCUGCCAGAUGAUUGAGGCGAUGCUACCGCGGCUCUCUGGCAUGGGCGCUUCGUUGAAGACUGCCGCUGGCACCGCCAUUACGUCGUUCCUGCAGUCUACAACAGUUCGAGCCGUGUAUGAGAUGAAGUACACAUUGUUGUACGACUACUUCCAUUGCUUGAAGAUGGUGGCAAAAUACAACAGUCGUGUACACCUGGACACCGCGUGGCUUGCAUCCGUCGUAGAGGAGGCCGUUAAUGAUGAUUCGCUCCAAAUGUCCGCCGCGUCCAUUCGUCUUCUUGCAGGGAUGGAGCGGCUGCUCGGUCUUACACCACGUGCCAAAGAAACCAAGGCGCCAGUCCCAGUCAAGGUUCUCUAUCAACAGUUUGAAAAACAAGGAAGAAAAGAGAAGGCAGUUUUUUACAAGCGAGCAAAACGUGUGCGUGCAAAGGUUGUCAAAGCUCUUGUGGCGUACCGCAACGGAGAUUUGACUGACGCCGAGCGGGCGCUCAAACGACGUCGCCGUGAGACCAUGAAGAUUGACGAUCGUCUGCGGAGACAGGUACUUCGAGAGGAGAAGUCACGGGUUCUCACAAAGGAGGAAAAGGAAGAAAAACGCAAGCGCAUCAUGAUUGCCAAGCAGGAGCGCAUAGCGAAGAAUCGGGAGCGCAAACGUCGUUUGCAUGAGCACCGGGAGAAGGCGUUUCAACGUUGGCGGGAACAGAAAUUGGCUUCAGCAGCUGCAAUGGAGUGA